AACACAAGGAGUGUAGUCAAGUUACUCAACAGACUUUUUCUUGGGAGUCACUAUUUUCUCAAUACUCUCUUUCUUCAUCUUCAUCUUUAUCAUCCUUCUCUUUCUCUCUUAUCAUCAUCAUCAUCCUCAUCAUCUCUCUCUCUCUCUCUCUCUCUUUCUCUGUCUCUCUCUAAGUUAUUCACUUACUUUUCGACUUACAGAGUUACUUUUCAAGUCCGUUGUCAGUUCACUUCUUGUUGGCUUGUUACGAGCAGUUAGUUUACUUAGUUAACUACAAUCAACUCUAGUUAAUUGUAUUGUAUUGUAAUCAUCAUAAUCAACAACAUCAUCAUUAUUAUCAACAACAGCGACAAACAAUCAACCUCUUUCCUUUUUUUCUUAAUGGUUAAACUUAAUUACCUUUUUUCUUUUAAAUUGUUAAUCGUAAAUUUUAACCUUCGAAAACUUUUCUCCUAAUUGUUACAACUUUCGAAACGCUUUUUUUUUGUUCUCUUUCUGUUGUUCAUGAUUAACUUUUCCUUGUUGAUUGUUAAACUUUCCCAAACUAAUUAAGAUUGUUCAUCAUCAGUUAUGAGAUUAUGACUGUUAAUUACAAUUAGAUUGACAAUCAACCGACAAUCAAAGUUGUUGUUGAGAAUUUGUUGAUUCCAAAAAUCUUUUCUUCUUUUUUUUGUAUAAUCGAAUUUAAAAUUUUGUUCUUUUUCUUUUGGACUUUAUCGUCGAUCUCCCACCAAAUCAAAUGGAUAAUAAUGAAAUUACUCGUUUAGAUUCACCUUUAUCAUCUUCGAAGGCCUCACCCAUUUCAUCGCCCGUGUCCAUGAUGUCACCCAACUCAUCGAACCCAUCGACUCCACCUCAAUCAGCGACAGGAUUUUCUGACCCUGAUUGUGGCCUACCCUCUAGUCUAUCACCUACAGCGACACCCACCUCAUCAUCAUCAUCACAACCUCAACAGCAACAACAACAGAAUCACCAUCAUACCCAUCAUCAUGUAGUACCAAUGGACGUAUCAUCCUCAUCCGCUCAAACAAAUUUAACAAUUAAUGGAUCUUCAUCUUCAUCCUCAUCCUCAUCUUCUUCCUCCUCUGGUCUACCACCAACAAAUGGAUCAACCGGAUUGAUAUCCGGCUCAAUCCAUGGUUGUUCAUCUCAUCCACUCCUUCACCCUGGGCAUCCACUUCAUCCCCACCAUCACCAUCAAUCCAACAAUAAUAAUAAUAAUCAAACCAAUAAUAGUAACAAUAAUAAUAAUAGUAAUGGUCAACCUCCUCCAUCAGGUCAUCAUCCCUCAUCAUCCUCAUCCUCAUCCUCUUCAUCUUCCUCAUCUUCAUCACCCUAUUCAACAGCUAGUCACCAGCAUCACGUUAACUCAUCAACACCUUCCUCUUCAUCAUCAACAACAACAACCACCGCCGCAGCAGCAGCCGCAGCCGCAGCGGGUCUAUUUCAUCCCUCUAUGAGAUCAGUUUAUCCUUCACUUUUCACCUCAGUGUCACUCACCAAUCCAGGGAAAGAUUCAUUUGUCCCAAAUUCACCAAUGUGUGUACCUCUCUCAGCCUUUUAUGGUUCCGCUUUUGGACCCACAUCAACAAGUUACGGUGCCAAUAAUCCACUUUUAAAUGCCCACCGAACCGCUGCCGUAGCCGCUCAUCAUUUAUCAUCAUCACCGGCUCACCAUGCAUAUGCUACCCAAAUGAAUCUAUUCAACAAUUAUCUCGCUCAUGCAGGACGUUCAUGGAUGGGAGUUUCAUCUGAUGAUGCUAAGAAUGGUGGAGGAGGUGAAGGUGGAGGAAGAGGAGGAGGAGGAGGAGGAAGUAUAGUGGGUGGUGGGAGUGGAAGUGGUAAUAUAUCACCAACAACUUAUCGAAAUUUAUCUUCCAGUUAUCAGAAUCAUUUGAAAUCAACUUUUCUCUCUCUGUGUAAUAAUCCAUCAGCUGCGAUCGCCGCUGCAGCAGCGAUUAACAAUUUAAAUGCUUCGGUAAUGAAUUCAGUUCAUAAUUCCAAUGGUGGAAACUCAGAGAGAGGUGAAAGUGUGGAGACAAAUGAUUAUGAGGAUGAGGGAAGAAGAUCAUCAUCAGGGGGUGGAGAGAGUGGAUGUGGAGGAGGAAGAAGAAGACGAAGAGUAAGUGAGAGAGAUGAAGAGACAAUCUCAUCAGGAAACGGAAAUGUUGAUCUGGGUGGAGGUGUAAAUAGAUAUUCAAAUUCAAAUCAAAAUCCUAAUAACAUAAUUGUAAACUUAGGCUGCAAUACAAAUCAUAAUCACUCAAAUCAUUACAAUUCAGAGUCAACAACAACAAUUAACAUAAGCAGAGGAUCAACUUCAUCACCAAAUUAUUAUUACAAUCAUCAUGUUCAUCCAAAUAACACUCUAGCUCGACCUUGGUCAUGUCCACGAUCACCUAAUCAACCAUUGAAGUGUCCACUGUGUUUCAUGUCACUUGAAGGAGGUGAUGUUACCUCUCAUUUCGAGGAGGAGGUGAAACAAUUAGAGAACCUGAGAAGUCAUAUUAACGAAUGGGAAUCAAAAGAAAAUAAUUUAAAUGAUGUUGACGUAAUCAAAAAGGAGAUUAGUGAUAAUAUACCUGGUGAUCCAUUCAAAAGAUCAAGAUUACAUUCAGAUAACAAUAAUAUCAAUAAGAUUCCUCCAUGUACAAGAUGGCAGACAUAUCAAAGAGUUAAGCAAAAUCGUCACACUCGAAUAUCGGGAAUUCUAAGGACUAAAAGAUACGAUGAGAAGAUAAAAUUGGAAGAUGUUUGUGCAUCAUCUUCAUCCUCAUCUUCAAUUCUCUCUCUUUCCUCAUCAUCCGCUUCUUCAACUCCCACCACCGCCACGACCAUUUGUAAGCCCGUUAAUCGAGGGAUUUGGACAAUCGUUGAUAAUCAUGUGCAAACUUCCGGUUCUUAGAUAAUAUUAGUUACUUUCAAUUCAAUUUCCUCUUUUCUCACUUUAACUCAUCAAGUCCAAAAUCUCAUCCAAUUGAUAAACAAUUAAAUUUGUAAUAUUUAAAAUCAUCAAUUUGAUGAUAGACAAAACAAAAGAUAAUCAGAUUAUCAGCAUAUUCCUAAUUCUGACUGAGUCAUGUGUCCAGUUUCAUCUUCAAUUGGUCACUCAUCUUCAUAUACUCAUGGUGAAUCUUCAUCGUCAUCAUCAACUAAAUUGCUACCAACUUUAACUCGGUUCUCAACAUAUUGACGAUUAUUAUUAUUAUUACUAUUAACUGUUACCCCUUCAACUAUUAAUUAUCAUGAUUAACUGUAAAUAUUUAGAUUGAUCAACUGACCAUUUCCUUUUUUGCCAAAAUAAUUAAAACUUUGGCUGAAACUUUCAAUCGUAACAAACUUUCAUUGUAAUAAUUACAUGAAAAAAAAACACUAAUUGAUUGAUUAAAAAAAAGAUUAAUUAAUAAAAUGGAAAAUUUUAAGUUGAUAAAAAGUUUCAGUUGACUAAUUACAAUUGAAUAUGGAUCAAGUGUUACUGAGAUUAACGGAUAACAGAAAAGUAACUUUGUAAUCCGAUAGAUUUUAAAAUGAUGAGAUGUUGAAUAGAAAAGCGGAAGAUGACCAGAUGACCAGAGAGAGAGAGAGAGAGAGAGAGAGAAGGAUUAGCUUUGAUUUUCUCUUUUGUUCUAACCGUCAAAGGAUUGGAGGGUCAACCGGAAGGUCAAGGUGACAUUCAAAGAAUUAAAAACAAUGGUAUUAGAUUUUAAGCCUUUUGUGGUAACAUGAAUUGUAAAAAUGUUUCAAUGAAUAGUAAACAAUUUAAAUAACUGGUCAGUUGCCAAAUUUAAGUAACUUUUCAGGUUUUGUCACCUUCAUUUUAACGUAUAAACCAGAUUAUUGUUAUUCACGCGAAAGUAAACAGAAAAAAAAGAGAAACAAUUAAUUAGUUGUUGAAUUUAAGUAAAGAUCAUUAAUCGUAAUGAACAUAAUCAUCAUGUUGUUUUUUUUAUGACGAGAUGACAACAGAUGAUAACAGUAAACAUAUACUUGAACAAUUGAAUAUAUUGUUGAUUGUAAAGUAGAGUAACGAAGCAAUUAAGUUACUAACUGAUCAUACAGAGAGAAACAAAGGAAGCUAAAAGAAAGAAAGAAAGAGUGAGUGAGCGAGAGAGAGAGAGAGAGAGAACGAGAGAGAAGGAGAGAAGGAGAGAGAAAGAGAUGAUGAUGAUGAUGAUAAAGUGACAAGAGCAAAGGUAACUUUGUAAGUCGAAAAGAAAGAAAUUGUUGACCAAAAGAGCGGAAGAUGACCUUAUAUACAAAGAAAGAGAUUAACUCCGUUUCUAUUAUUUCUUUAUUCCGUCAAAGAAUAAGACGGUAACUGGACACGCAAAUAAUGAGGACGAAGCAGUAAAACAAUUGAAGUCGAAGGUGAAUAAAUAGAGAGACACAAAUAAAGCCCCGAGAGAUUUUAGUGAAUGAACCAUAAACCAUUAAACGCGGAAUUCAUUAUCUCAAGGGAUCUGACAUUUUCUUCAUCAUCUUCGUCUUCUUCUUCUCUUCUUCUUCUCUUCUUCUUCUUUUCUACCUUGUCUUCAUCAUCAUUACCCUCCUUUUAUUCAUAGAGAUCUUUUCUCGAUUUACCAACAUUUCACUUGGAAUUCAUCUCGUUACCUGUGAACUUCAACCUGUGCUCACCUUUAUUUUCAAUUCGUUACUUACACCAAC